CGCGGGGAGAAGGAGGCGGAGUGAGGCGAAAGCAGCAGCAGCAGCAGGAGAAGGAAGGUGAAGAGGAAAGGACACACGCGCAGAGAAGGCAGCUCACAGACAGCAGGGGAGGAAAAAACAAAGUUUACACCCUCUGAAGCGGCUCCGUCUCUCCCACCCACCUCUUCCCGCGGCGGCGCUGCUGGCGCAGAUGGGAGUUUUACCUGGAAUGACAUAAGUUGGGGCUGCUCUCCCUCCCCCCCGCGCCGCCGCCGCUGCCGCUCUCCUCUUAGAAUAAGAAUCCAAGCUGCUGGACCCAGGGCUCCCUCCCCCCCCACGCCCUCCAGCAACGGGCGGCGAUGUGACAGCCAGGGGCAAACCUUUCGCCAGCCUUCCUUGCGGAGAGCUGUCACCGCGAAGGCUGAUCCGAGUGGACUUUCCGUUUCCAGUUGCACGGCCCCGGUCCCCCCACCCCCCGAGAAAGAGGCUGGAACUACCGCUGCUUUUCGCUGCCGCCGGGGGUUGCGUGUGAGACAGUUGCAACCUCCUUCCCUGCCUCGUCGCUCUCAGCUUGCAGGAUUUAACUCCCAAUCUCCUCCGGAUCCAGCUUCUUUCGUUGUCAUUCUGUCCCGAUCGGCCGUUGUCAGUCCCUCUGGACUGGAGCUGGAGGGGCUUGCCUCCUCCGGCCAUUGCACGUUCGUCUGGGGUGGUGGAGAAAUGAAGGGGGAAGUUGAAUGAUGUGAUGCAAAUUGGGUAGAUACAUGCCAUGAUUUGCCACCAGUGGCUUAAUUUAUGGAGACCAAAGGCUAUCGCAGCUAUCCAGAAAGCCUAGAUAUGGAGAGACGCUGGAGUCAAGGUUCCCAAUCUAUGGAGUAUACUUCUGCAGGAGUAGAACAGCGGGCCGAAGAGAGUAAUAAUUAUAUGGAGAUUGUAAAUGUGAGCUGUGUUUCUGGUGCUUUUCCAAAUAGCAGUGCUCAAGGAAGCAACAAAGAAAAACCUGAACUACUAUCUUGCCUUCAGCAAGACCAUAAUCAGCCUAGUAUUUCAACCUCUGACAUAAAAACUGAGUCAGAAUCGAAGGAACUUUCUGCAACUGUAGCUGAGUCAAUGGGUUUGUACAUGGAUUCUGUAAGAGAUGCUGAUUUUAGCUAUGAUCAGCAAAGUCAACAAGGAAGCAUAAAUCCUGGGAAGAUGUAUCAAAAUGUACAGCUAGUAAAGCUAUACAAGGAGAAUGGCCACUGCACCUCUCCCUUGAACACCCCAAACAGGCCCUUGAGACCUCUAAUAUCAGACUGUGCAAGCUCUAUGAAUGGGGGUAUUAUGCCAGCAAUUGUCAAAAGCCCUAGAGUAUGUCAAGAGAAGAGUCCUCCUGACUGUAGUCCUCAAAGCAUGACUUCGUCAGUAUGCAGCCCUCCUGGAAUGAACUUCGUUUCUUCAACUACACCUACUAACUUUGGAAAUUUCACAGUAAAUAGUCCAGUCAACCAGGGAACACCUUUGUCAUGUUCGCCCAGCAUUGAAAACCGAAACUCGAUGUUGCACAGCCCUCCACAUGCUAACAAUGUGGGGUCCCCUCUUUCUAGUCCUAUAAGUAGUAUGAAAUCUCCAAUUUCAAGCCCUCCUAGUCACUGUAGCGUGAAAUCUCCAGUUUCAAGUCCUAAUAAUAUUACCAUGAGAUCCUCGGUAUCCAGUCCUGCAAAUAUGAACUCAAGGUGCUCUAUUGCCAGCCCUUCCAAUGCCAAUAAUAGGUCCACUAUUUCUAGUCCAGCUGUUAGUACUGUGGGGUCCUCUAUGUGUAGUCCAGUAAAUGGUACACUAGCCUUUCCUGCGUCUAGCACACCUGUUGGACCUGGCACAGGCCAAGACAUUGUUUCUAGUCCAGAUACAAAAGACAAUAAAGGUGCUCCAGAAAUCAUAUUUCCUAAAAUAGAGGAAAUGGAAAAUGCCAUCUCUAACAAUGAAGUAGCUAAUCAAAUGAAUCUUGUUCAAUUUAUAAAACCUGAACCAGAAGGGGUAUUCAGUAGCUCAUGUCUUGGAGAAAACAGCAAAAUCAGCUCUGAUUCCCCAUUUUCAGUAUCAAUAAAGCAAGAAUCAGCUAAACAUUCUUGUUCUGGUGCUUCUUUUAAAGGGAACCAAACUGUAAAUCCAUUUCCAUUUAUGGAUGGGUCCUAUUUUUCUUUCAUGGAUGAUAAAGACUACUAUUCUCUUUCUGGGAUUUUAGGACCACCUAUUUCAUCUUUUGAUGGCACAUGUGAAAGUAGUGUGUUUCCAAAUCCAGGCCUUUCUGUAGGAAUUAAACAGGAGCCUGAAGAGAGCAGCUAUUAUCAAAAGAAUACUCUGCCAUCCUCUGCCAUUGUUGGUGUGAAUUCAGGUGGACAGUCAUUUCACUAUAGGAUUGGAGCUCAAGGCAAUCUGUCUAUACCACAUCCUCUUGGUAGAGAGACGUGUUUUCAGCAUAUGAGCUCAUUUCGUCCAGUAAGUACUCUGGUGGAAUCGUGGAAAUCACAUUCUGAUUUGCCUGCCAGAAGAAACGAUGGGUAUCCAGUUCUAGAAUACAUUCCAGAAAAUGUGUCGAGCUCCUCAUUGAGAAGUGUAUCGUCUGGUUCCUCAAGGCCUUCCAAAGUGUGUUUGGUGUGUGGGGACGAGGCUUCUGGAUGCCAUUAUGGAGUUGUUACCUGUGGCAGCUGUAAAGUCUUCUUCAAGAGAGCAGUGGAAGGUAAAUCCUCAUGGCAGCACAACUAUUUAUGUGCGGGACGGAAUGACUGUAUAAUUGAUAAGAUUCGAAGGAAAAACUGUCCAGCUUGCCGAUUACAGAAGUGUCUUCAAGCUGGAAUGAAUCUGGGAGCUCGGAAGUCAAAGAAGUUGGGCAAGUUAAAAGGAAUCCAUGAAGAACCACAACAGCAGCAGCAGCCACAGCCGCCCCCGCAAAGUCCAGAAGAAGGGACUACAUAUAUUGCUCCAGCAAAAGAACCUUCUGUAAACACAGCACUUGUUCCUCAUUUGUCUGCAAUUUCACCAGCACUUACUCCCUCACCAGUUAUGGUCCUAGAGAACAUUGAACCUGAAAUUGUAUAUGCAGGAUACGAUAGUUCGAAGCCAGAUACGGCCGAACACCUGCUCUCCACUUUAAACCGUCUUGCUGGCAAGCAGAUGAUUCAGGUGGUAAAAUGGGCAAAAAUACUUCCAGGUUUUAGAAACUUGCCUCUUGAGGACCAAAUUACUUUAAUCCAGUAUUCUUGGAUGUGUCUAUCAUCAUUUGCCUUGAGCUGGAGAUCAUACAGGCAUACAAACAGCCAGUUCCUCUAUUUUGCGCCUGACUUAGUCUUUAAUGAAGAAAGGAUGCGCCAGUCUGCAAUGUUUGAAUUGUGCCAGGGGAUGCACCAGAUCAGCCUUCAGUUUGUUCGCUUGCAACUUAGCUUUGAAGAAUAUACCAUAAUGAAAGUGUUGCUGCUGUUAAGCACAGUUCCCAAGGAUGGCCUCAAGAGCCAAGCUGCAUUUGAAGAAAUGAGGGCAAAUUAUAUUAAAGAACUGAGGAAGAUGGUAACUAAACAUCCAAAUGGUUCUGGGCAAAGUUGGCAGCGAUUUUACCAACUCACUAAGCUUCUGGACUCCAUUCAUGAUCUUGUUAGCGAUUUGUUGGAAUUCUGUUUCUACACCUUCCGAGAGUCUCAAGCUCUGAAAGUGGAGUUCCCAGCCAUGCUGGUAGAAAUCAUCAGUGACCAGCUGCCCAAAGUGGAAUCUGGAAAUGCCAAGCCCCUCUACUUCCACAGGAAGUGACAGAAAAUGUCUUAAUGGAGAAAAAAAAACUUUGCCUUAAGUUUCCCUGUGCUAUUCCACACCCAUGAAGGACCCAAGAAGCCACAUAUAAAAUAUGUUAUACAAAAUUGUUCAACAAUCUCUGAAUACUCUUAAAAACCAUAGGAAGGGUUUGGAGGACGGAAAGCAGUUUAUCUGAACUUGGCAAGACAAAGUUGUCAAGAUGUUUGAGAACCACCCCCCCACACUCCAAUACCCUACACCCCACUUAGAAAACAUGUUCCUGUUCCUCUGGAUGAAAAGCCAUAUCUAGUCAAAUAACUCUUUGAUUUUGAUAUUUUAAGAGAUGAACAUUUUAAAUAUGCCAUGUAGUUUCUGGUAUUGUUUGCUUGUUUUAAAAGGGUUCAAGGACUAAUAUGAACUUUUUAAAAAGCUUACCAUUGGUUUGCACAUAAAACAAAGUCAAUAUGGGGCAUUAAUUCUUGUACUAUACAUACAUACACACACAUGCGCGCACACACACAAAUCCCUGGAUGUGUAAAAUAAGUAAUGGAGCAUUUGGUGUGGAAUAAUCUUGGUAUAUUCACCUGCGGCAUUUGUUGUCCCAUGUUAUCCAUCAUAGAUGAUCUACACUGUGUUAAGUGUUCAUUUAUUAUUUAACUUGAAAGGAUAAGAUGUUAAAACAAAUGCCUCAGUUUCGAUUUAUAGUAUCUAUUGUGCUGGCUUUACCAAUAAUUUUUUGCAGUCUUUUGCUGUACUGUACAUUGCUGUAUGUAUAAAUUGAAGGACCUGAAAAAAUGGUAUAAGGAACUUUUGUAAAUGAGACCUGAAAAUCUUUAAUGGUUAAUAGGAUGAAUGGGAAAGUAUUUUUGGAAGAAUUCUAUUUUGCUGGAGACUAUUUAAUUACUCUUUUUGUCUAAACAAGGUAAUUUUUUUUGUAAAGUGAAUUGUUCUGCAUGCAUAAUGAACUGUUUACAGUGUAUUUAAGAAAGGGAAAGCUGUGCCUUUUUAGCAUCAUAUCUAAUUUACCAUCUGAUAGUGUCUGUUGUAAAUAACCACCCAUAACCAUUUUCAGUUGUACUUCUCAUUCUUUUCUGUCCACGUAUCUUUCUCUUCACCAGUAUUUGUCUGCUGCUUUUACAUUACUUGCGCGCACUGAGUUUUGCUUCAUACCUCUAGCUGUGUUUGCAACUUUAUCCACAUUUCAUCAACCAAGAUAAGCUAGAAAGGGCACAAUCAACCAGGACUUGUCCUGCACAAAUCCCAGUGAAGUGAAUGAAGCUGUAGUUGAACAAUAACAACAACAAAUGGUUGUCCAUUUAUUUCAGUGGAGGUUGCUUAGGACAGCUUUCUGGUGAAUUGUGUCCAGAGUCUUUGCAAAGACUUGUCCGUCCCAGGAUGAAGUGAGAUUCUGCCCUCCAGUCUGUAAUUCAGGGGACAUGAACCAACAUAGAGGCAAAUGUAGGCUAAAAUUCCAUAACACUUUCCUGGAAGUCAGUCCCAUUGAACUCAAUGGGAUUUACUUCUGAGCAGACAUGCUUAGGAUUACAGUCCUUGAUUUCAGUGCAGUUUUUGGGUGCCUAAUCUUAUGCCAAGGUUGUGGCUAAAGAGAGAAAGCUAUUUUAAAAAAUCUGGAAUGUACAUAAACUACCAAACAUUUGGACUAUAAAUCUGAAUAUGAACGCUUGAUAAAAUAAAAUAUAUUCUAGGCAAAUUUGGAAUGAUGUAACUGAUUGCGGGGAAGAAGAGGUGCUAUUUUAUAGGGUUUAACACCUAGAACACAUUUGGAAUUAUGUUCUACUGAUCUUUAGUACAAUGUCCAUGUUUAGGGUUGCCACCACAAUUAGUUAGUGAAAUUGUAUUAAUACUGUAACACUUUUAUAAACCAGUCCUAAAAUGCUACAAAUAUCAACAAUACCCCUUUAAAAUCUGGAUUUCUCAGAAUAAAUUUAUGUGCUGAGAUUAUUAAGGUGUAUCUUAAUUGGGAUUAUCAUCAUCAUUGUUUAAAUAAUUUAAAUAUUGGAGCAUAAAUUGUAAAAACAUUUCCGGUGAUUAUUGAUACUAAACACAAAUGCAAAGUGAAUAAUUGUCAGUUACACUUCUCUAAAUUUAUGUCUACGAGAAUUAAAAAAAGAUUUACAGUGCAGUCUUAUGGCUACUCAGUGUUAAGUUUUACUGAGUUCAGUGGGGCUUAUGCUCAGGUACAUAGGAUUGUAUCCUUAAUAACCAAGGCUGGGAUCCAUUGAGCUCUUUUAGACAUGCCCAAAGUUUGGAUGUGUCCAGUGGGAUUCUUCCUAGCACUCACCCCUUGAACAGCAGACACCCACGACAUAUCACAAACUGCUUUUGAAAGUACCUUCAGUUUCAAAGGUGGUUUUCUAUGCAGCUUGGAGGGGAGAAGUACAAGCCCCAAAUCUCUUUAGGCUAGUGAAGUAGUUCCUUGGAUCCUACUAUUAAGUUCUCAACAAACAUACAUCAAGUUUCUGAAAUUUGAAUGUAUGUUUACAUCUAAUAAACAAUAUGCAAACAUUACUACUUGUCUUUUUAAAUCACACAUCUUACUGAAUAGAAAAUCUGCAUAAGGAUAUACUUCGAAUCAAUUCAGAAAAUUAUACAGGCAUAUAUUUGGUUGGAUCGUGACAAGUUUAGUUGAACUUAGUUGAAAUCAAUGGGACAAAUUAGCCAUAACUUAGUUUCUAUUGAAAUCAGUGGGACUUAACUUAGUUUAACUCCAACCUAUUAUUUGCAGUUUUGGAAAUAUAAUUCAUAAGUCAACUCGUUUGAUCUACACAGCAAUAUGAAAGCUGCACUUCUGAAGUGGUAAAAAUACACAGCAUGCAGAGUGGGUUGUUUAUAGUAAAGAAGUCACAAAUCUCCCUUUCAUUUACUUUUUUGAAAUAACAACAUACUGAAUUGGAAUUUCAAAUUAUGCAGGUUUGUGGUAAAUGCAGUAUGCUGCUGCUUUUUUAAAAACAAAGUUACUGAAUCCUUUUCUAUCUCUAAGUAAGUUUGCCUGAUUCAAAUAUUAAAGCCAUAUUCUUUUUUAAAGAAAUCCACUGUUAGAUGUCUGUCCCAAUUCACAUUGUUGUCUGAUUGCUCUUAUUUUUGUACCUUAUUGCAUUUAAUCUUGGUUUGGUACAAUUCAUAAUUCACAAAAAUGUCAUAAGAAAAACACUAAAUUAGUUUUAAAUAACAAUUUAUAUCUUUAUGCAAAAUAUAUGUCUGUCUUUGCAAACAAUUGUAAGCAGAUUAUAAUAAACCCUUUACUUUAAUCACCUGUUUAUGAAACCAUUGAUUAUUGCUUAGAAAUCAUUAAAAUGAAAUUUAAAUGAAAAAAGCAAGGUAUCAGGAGUACAUUGUACUUUAGAAUGGCAUAGGCAUCUGUCUCCUGCAAAAUAAGAUAAACUUAACUUCAAAAUGUCAAAAUGAUAAAUUGUGUUGAUUGAGUGUAAUGAUUUUGUGGCAAUGAAUGGAUGAAGAUAUACAGCAAGAACAUUGUAUUCAUAAGUAAAAAUGUAAAAUAGUUUUAAUUUACUGCAGUGGGUAUUUCAAGAAUAAUAUUGCAUUGCAGGGUGUAACCAUUUUGUUGCACAGAACAAACAGCAAAAAGACUAAAAGCUUGCAAUAUCAAAAUCUUAAUAAAAUAUACUUUAUAAUCAAUAAUGCAAAAAUCUAAUUCACAGGGUGGUAUUUUCACUGACUUUUUAAAACAUUUAUGAAUUUAAACCAUUCUACAUUUAAUGCACUUUUAAUAGUCUAUUAAAGAUAUGACAUUUUUGUAAGAAGGAGGGAGGGGGAGAGACACACACACACACACAGAGAGACGGGUGUGUGUGUGUGCAAUUUCAACUGGCAGGGGAACAACCUGAUAGGCAGCCAAUGUCAAUGCCAGGAUUCUCAGAGUAACGUUACAGAGUUCAUGGAGUUGAAGAGCACAACCCACUGGGAACUUACACUUGUGCAGGCGAAGUUCUUGGUGGGCUGUGUCUUAAUUAUAUUAUUACUGGAUGAAAAAGAAAAAAAGCAGCCAGCACUACGGUGUAAAACAGCAACAUCUAUGCAUAAUGAUGCAUUAAUAAUUAGAGGCUUGCUUCUGUAUGUUUAAACUUUUUGAAUAAAUAGAAAAUUACUGUUUGGCCUUUAUGUUAAUGUCUUUAAGUACAUAAUUUUUAUAAGUUGUACAAAUAUACACAAAUUAAAAUGGUGUGAUUCCA